UGUCGGUGUCGGUUCCGGUUGGAGCCGCGCGGCCUUGAAGCAGGAGGCUGAUCCUGAGAGAGCGGUAUCCUCCCCAACGCCGGCACCAUGAGGGAUGUGAGCGGCUUCCUCCAGCAGCAGCAGAGCGGGGCCGGAGAACUGGGCCCCGACUGGCAGCAAAUGGAGGAACUUUACAACAAAAAACUAUGGCACCAAUUGACUGUUCAACUGCAGAACUUUGUCCAAAAUCCCUGCUUUGCGACCGGUGAUGGUCUGAUCAAGCUGUAUGAAAAUUUUAUUAGUGAAUUUGAACACAGGAUUAACCCUCUGUCUCUUGUGGAGAUUGUUCUACAUGUUGUGCGGCAAAUGACAGAUCCUAAUGUGGCUCUAACAUUUUUGGAAAAGACAAAAGAAAAGGUCAAAUCCAGCGAUGAGGCAGUGAUUCUCUGCAAAACAGCUAUUGGUGCUUUGAAAUUAAAUGUUGGAGAUCUGCCAGUGACAAAGAAAACCAUUGAGGAGGUGGAUGAGAUGCUGACUAACCUUCCUGGGGUUACAUCAGUUCAUGGACGCUUUUAUGAUCUGUCUAGCAAGUACUACCAGAUAGUUGGAAACCACGCUUCCUACUACAAGGAUGCCCUACGGUUCUUGGGUUGCAUUGAUAUCAAAGAUUUACCAGUUGCAGAGCAUCAAGAGCGAGCUUUCACUCUCGGAUUGGCUGGGCUUUUAGGCGAAGAUGUUUACAACUUUGGAGAACUCUUAAUGCAUCCCGUGCUGGAGUCACUGCGAACCACAGAUAAGCAGUGGCUGAUCGACACUUUGCAUGCGUUCAACAGUGGUAAUGUGGAGAAAUUUCAAGCGCUCAAAGCAUCUUGGGGACAGCAGCCUGACCUGAGAGCCAAUGAACUGCGACUAAUGCAAAAAAUCCAACUCCUUUGUCUGAUGGAGAUGACUUUCACCCGCCCAGCCAACCAUCGGCAGCUAACAUUUAAGGAAAUUUCUCAGAUUGCAAAAGUCCCAAUCAGUGAGGUGGAGCUUUUAGUGAUGAAGGCACUGUCUGUCGGUUUGGUGAAAGGCAGCAUUGAUGAAGUGGAUGAACGUGUUCACAUGACUUGGGUUCAACCUCGAGUGUUGGAUCUACAGCAGAUUAAAGGGAUGAAAGACAGAUUGGAUUACUGGUGUGAGGAUGUGAAGAAUGUGGCAUUACUUGUGGAACAUCAGGCACAGGAUAUCUUAACCUAACCAUUGCUCUGUCUGGAAUCACUUGAUUGCUCUUUUUAAAAUUAGUCAGUUUUCAGUAGGUCAUUUUCAGAAAUGAACUGUAUUUUAAUAACUUUUGGGACAGGAGGAGCAGCUUCACCAAUUUCUAUUCUUUCAAACCUCAAACAGAACCAGCUUUAUUUUCUCAGGAGUGGUAUCUUUACCAAAGGAACAAAGUUUCAUGUUUUAAAGUGACUUAGACCUGAACUUCACCACUUUGCUCAUCUAGCUGUUUCUGUGAAUCCUUGCUUCAGAAGUUUUUAAUUGUAGUUAUCUGUGUACCACAAGUAAUGCAGCGUAACAGUUAUUACUGAGCCAGUAACCCAGAAACCUGGUCUAAAAAUCCCCAACAGAGAAGCUUGAAUUCAGUUUGAAAAACUUGGUCUUAGUAAAAGUGACUGUGAAGCUGUCAGAUUGUCCUGAAGUUCUAUCUGUAUCAUUAAUGUCCUUUAGGAAAGGAAGCCAGCUAUCUGAGUCCAAAAUGUGACUCCAGUUCCAUGUCAACUCGUUUUAAUGUAGCCCAUUUAAACUCUUCAGCAUACAGUCAGUCCGAGGAGGUUGAGUUUUCAGCAAGAAAUUCAACUGUCAAGCUCGUUAGUGGUUCAAGAAGACCCACCAAAACCUCAAAGCAGUUUGAGAUGGACAGUAAAUACUGACCCUGCCUGUCAAUGCAUUUUGAUAAUGAAUGGGUGAAAAAAUUCACUACUAAAAUAAAUAAAAUGUGAAGAUACUCAGCAGGUCUGGCAGCAUCUGUAGAGAAAGUGUCAAUGUUGAGGCCAAGUCAUAUAUGACUCAGUUACCUGUGUUUCUCUAUCGAGAGAAGCUACCAGACCUACUGAGUUUCUCCAGCAUUUUCUUUAUUGCAGAUUACCAACAUCUGCAGUAUUUUGCUUUUAUAACCAUCCAUAUUGUUCUGUGAUCUGGGACUGGUCUGUUGCCCAAUCAAGUAAAGGAGCUACAAAUGGGUAAAUUUUCCUACAAUCUCCGUACAGUGGCUGUACUCCUGCCUGUCCCAUUUUUUAAAAGCUUUUUUUUGGAUAGGACUAAUGAAGUUAUUCCUAAAAUCAUGAGAUGAUAUGAUCCAUUUUACAAGAAUAUUUAAGAUGAAAUAAAAAUGUAUUUAAAAAUGG